AUGAGUCGAAAGAGGCCCCCACCCACACUCCUGCAGCUGGCAGUUCAGAAUCUGCUAGAGGAUGAAGACUUGGCCGUAGGGGCUUUGAAAGAUUUGCCGGGGGAGCUCUUCCCUGAAAUGUUUGUGGAGGCCUUCACCAGGGGACACACUGAUGUCUUGAAGGCCAUGGUGCAGUCCUGGACCUUUCCUUGUCUACCUCUGAAGUCACUCAUGAACUUGCUGGAACCGGGGACAUCACAAACUAAGCUGGGUGAUGUGCUGUGGGAGAAUAGGAGCCUGCAGAUCUUACAAGCUGUGCUAGAUGGGAUUGAUGGGCUGCUGGCCCAAAAGGUUUGCCCAAGGAGGGUGAAACUACAAGUGCUAGAUCUGCGGGACAUGCACAAGAACUUCUGGAGAGUCUGGGCUGGAAAGACAUUUGAAAACCACUGCAAUUUCUGGUUUAGAAGCAUGAUUGCAGCCUGCUCCUCAGUGGCCACAAAGAGGAGAAAAAUAGAGAAUGGGCCAAGGGUAUCAGAGAAGCAGUCCCUUAAGGUGGUUUUAGAUCUCCCAUUCUAUCAUGAUCUACAGGAUCCAUUCAAAUCCUACCUCCUCAAGUGGGUCCAGAAAAAGAAAGGUUUUGUGCAGCUGGAGUGUACAGAGCUGGACAUUGACCUGACAAGCACACAAAAUAUCACAGAUGUCCUAGAAAUGGCAAACCUUGAUUCUGUGCAAGAGUUGAGGGUGUAUUUAACCUCAACUCACUCCAUACUGGCUCAGUUUGCUUCUUCCAUAGGCCAGAUGAAAAAUCUUCAGAAGCUAACUCUCCACAACAUCUGUGUACUAUUGUUUUCCAAGGAGCAGACAGAUCAGUUAGUCACCAAACUCACCUCUCAAUUUCCUGAGCUUCACUGCCUGCAGGAAAUUUAUUUGGACUCUGUCUCCUCCCCAGUGCUCAGGUCUCUGACAUCCCCCUUGGAGAAACUCUCAAUCUCUUGCUGCAAGCCUUCAAGCUCAGACUGGAACCAGCUGCCCCAGUGUCCCAGCACCAGGCAGCUAAAGCACUUGGAGCUGUGUAGUGCCAGAAUGACUGAUUUUAGUCCUGACCCACUCCGAGCUCUACUGGAUAAUGUUGCAACCACCCUGACCACCCUUCACUUGCAGGACUUUAGCAUCACAGAUGCCCACCUCCAUGUCAUUCUGCCUGCACUGAGCCGAUGCUCCCAGCUCAAGAUCUUCAGCUACAUGAACUCCAUGUCUGUAGCCACCCUGGAGAGCCUGCUGAGUCACACGGCCAGGCUGAGCAAUUUACUCCUGGAGAUGUACUUCAUCCCUCAAGGAAUUUAUGUUCCCCAUCAAGGUGCCAAUCAGAGACGGGACCAGAUUCGUGAUGAGCUAAUGAGGAUUGUGGAUUCAUUAAACCAUCCCAGGAUUGUCCGAUUCUGUGCUGGUCAUCAUGAAAUUUAUAAUACCUCGAGAUUCUGUUACCCCAUGCACUCUUCUCCAUGCUCGUCCUGUAUCUCUGUCUAG